CCCCCCAUUAACCAAUCUGAAAACUGGUCCGCCUAGUUCUUCUCAAGCAAUUGCAGUAGCUCAUAAUUCUACUAUGGUAACCACUGCACAACUGACUACUAAAUCUUCUUCUGCGGCACCAAUAACUACAACUGCAUCGACUACAUUCAACACAAGUAAAAUUGCUUCACUUCCCGUCACCACUCAGCUGAUUAACACCACCAGAGAAACACCAACAGGGACACAAUUACAGCCAUCCGAAGAGGUAACCACCCCAGCACCAUCAACUUCGCAGAGGCUGAAUACGUCUACUACCAAAGAAGUAGUUUUAAAACCCAUAACCAGUGAUCUUAACAACACAAGUACAGAAAUGCUGAAAGUCAACAUAACGACACAGCAGAAAAUGAGUACCACUCCAUCACCAGGAACCAGCGCUGGACAAAUGACAGAGCCUACAGAGGUCUCACCCUUCAUCAGCACUAAUUUUGGCAGUACAAGAAGAGACAUGCCAACAACAGCAACACCACAAAAUAGUACCCAGCUAGAACCAACUACUGUCACAGGACAGACUAUACCUAAGAACACAAACAAUUCACUUACCAUUACCUCCAAACUCAGCAGAAAUUUGACAGAAAUUACACUAGUACCAACCUCUCAAAAUGUCACUAGCCUACAACCACUUAUCGUCACAGGACAGACUACACUCAACACCACAGAGGUUGUUUCACAUUCAGAAAUAACUGAGCUAAACAGAACAACGACAGAAAUACCAACAGUGAAACCAACAAAAACACCCUCAAACAUUACCGAAGCAGCUUUCACCAAAAUGACAACAUCUAACCAUACUGAAGUUACAACACAUACCAUCAGCAACAAGGCCAACAAAACAAUUACCAUACUGCCAGCUAAGACAACAACAGCACCUCUCCAAAAUGUUACCAACCUAACAACAAUAACUGCCCCUGGACUGACCAAAACAAACACCACUCAGAUCGUUACACAUUCUGUUAGCACUGAGCUAAAAAGUACAGGGACAGAAACGCCAACACUGACACCAAUGCAGCCAUCCUUAAAUGUUACAACAUCAGCAACAUCAAAUGUCACUGGAAUUACUACAUCUAAUCAUACUGGGAUUGUUUCACCUCCCACCAGUAUUGACGCCAACAGAACAGAAAUAUUGCCAACAAAGAUGGCAACAGUACCACUCAAUGUCACCAACCUAACAACAACAACUGCCACUGGAGUGACUACAUCAAGCACCACUCAGAUUGUCACACAUUCUGUCAGCACUGAGCUAAAAAGUACAAAGACAGAAAUGUCAACACUGACAGCAACGCAGCCAUCCUUAAAUGUUACAACAUCGGCAACAUCAAAUGUCACUGGAAUUACUAUGGGUAAUCAUAGUGGGAUUGUUUCACCUCCCACCAGUAUUAAUGCCAACAGAACAGAAAUAUUGGCAACAAAUACACCAACAGCACCACUCAACAAUGUGACCAACCUAACAACAAAAACUGCCACUGGACUUACUACAUCAAACACCACUCAGAUUGUCAUACAGUCUGUCAGCACUGAGCUAAAAAGUACAAAGACAGAAAUGUCAACACUGACACCAAAACAGCCAUCCUUAAAUGUUACAGAAUCGGCAACAUCAAAUGUCACUGGAAUUAUUACAUCUAAUGACACUGGGAUUGUUUCACCUCCCACCAGUAUUAACGCCAACACAACAGAAAUAUUGCCAACAAAGAUAGCAACAGUACCACUCAAUGUCACCAACCUAACAACAACAACUGCCACUGGAGUGACUACAUCAAGCACCACUCAGAUUGUUACACAUUCUGUCAGCACUGAGUUAAAAAGUACAACAACAGAAAUGUCAACACUGACAGCAACGCAGCCAUCCUUAAAUGUUACAACAUCGGCAACAUCAAAUGUCACUGGAAUUACUAUGUCUAAUCAUACUGGGAUUGUUUCACCUCCCACCAGUAUUAAUGCCAACAGAACAGAAAUAUUGCCAACAAAGACAGCAACAGUACCACUUAAUAAUGUCACCAACCUAACAACAACAACUGCCACUGGUCUGACUACACCAAACACCACUCAGAUUGUCACACAGUCUGUCAGCACUGAGCUAAAAAGUACAAGGACAGAGAUGUCAGCACCAACACCAACACAGCCACCCUUAAAUGUUACAACAUCAGCAACAUCAAAUGUCACUGGAAUUACUUCACCUAAUCACACUAGGAUUGUUUCACCUCCCACUGGUAUUGACACCAACAGAACAGAAAUAUUGGCAACAAAGACACCAACACCACCACUUAAUAAUGUCACCAACCUAACAACAACAACAACAGCCACUGGUCUGACUACACCAAACACCACUCAGAUUGUCACACAGUCUGUCAGCACUGAGCUAAAAAGUACAAGGACAGAGAUGUCAGCACCAACACCAACACAGCUACCCUUAAAUGUUACAACAUCAGCAACAUCAAAUGUCACUGGAAUUACUACACCUAAUCACACUAGGAUUGUUUCACCUCCCACUGGUAUUGACACCAACAGAACAGAAAUAUUGGCAACAAAGACACCAAUACCACCACUCAAUAAUGUCACCAACCUAACAACAACAACAGCCACUGGACUGACUACAUCAAACACCACUCAGAUUGUCACACAGUCUGUCAGCACUGAGCUAAAAAGUACAUGGACAGAUAUGUCAACACUGAAACCAACACAGCCACCGUUAAAUGUUACUACAUUAGUACCAUCGACUGUCACUGAAGUUGGUUCACGCCCAAUAACUACUGAGCUAAAAAGUAACAAUACAGAAAUGCAAACUAUGACACUGACACCUGUAUCUAAAAAUGUAACCACGCCAGUACCAUUUACUAUCUCUGAAUCAACUACAUUAAACACCACUCAGCCUAAUAAGACAAGAACAGAAAUACCAAUAUUGACGUCAAAACCACCUACCCACAAUGUUACCAACUCAACACCAGUAACUUCCACUGGACUGACUUCUGUUAACACAUCUGAGGUGGUUCCACAUCCCAACAGCACUGAGCCUAACAAUGCAACUGCAGAAAUACCCACAAUGACAUCAACACCACCAUCACAAAAUGUUAGUUACCCAGCACCAACCAAUGCCACUGCAAGUACAACUCUUAACACCACAGAGGUUUUUUCCUCUCCAUUAUCUACUGAACUCAAUAUUACAAAUACAGAAAUGUCAGCAAUGACACCAACAUCACCGCCUCACAAUUUCACAUCAUCAGGUCUAUUAAAUGUCACUGGAAUGACUACAUCUAACACCACUGAGAAUGUUUCACAUUCAGUUAGCAGUUAUCUUAAUACUACAGAAAUUCCAACAAAGACAUCAACACUACCAUUCCAAAAUGUUACCACACAAGCGCCAUCAGCUGCCACCGGACCAUCCACUUUUAACACCACAGUGGAUGUUUCCCAUCCUAUAAGCACAGAGCUCAACACCACAGAAAUAACACCUACACAGGUUCCCCACAACACUUCUGAGAACGUAACCACAAAUAGUGUUUAUACAUCAAGAGCUCCAAUGGAAACGCCAGCCUCAACAACAACUGCAUCAACUAUCAGCAGUUUUUAUUCAGAAGACAGCCUUAUAUUAAUCCAGAAAAAUAUGACAUGGACUGCAGCUUUGAGCUUCUGCAGGGAACACUACGUCGAUCUUGUUCAGAUUACCAGUGGAGAAAUUCAAGACAAAGUGGCUAAGAAGUUGAAAAGCUCCACAUCCCCUCACGUGUGGCUCGGCUUGCGUUACACUUGUAAUUUCAAAUUUUGGUUCUGGACCAGCUCAAAUGCUGACUGUUAUCAGAACUGGCAGCCAGAAGAAGGACCAGGAGGAGCUUAUGAGUGUGGUUUGAGUGGUGCCAUUCAGACCACUGGGGGGAAGCAAUGGGUUGGUUUGCCAGAGACACAGGAACUGAAUUUUAUCUGCCAGACAUGUGGUGGAUGAGAGUGGGCUGCAAGUAACAGUUGUUUAACAGUUGAAAUACUCAAUGAUGCUCAUUCUGUUUUAACUGAGUAUUUUCAGUUAACUUGAGUGAGGGUUAUGAGAUAUAAAUUGCCAAACUGGCUAAUGUCUCUGAACCAAAUGAGAUACAGUGGUUGCAAUUGUGCUGACAUGUCCUAAGGUGAAAUAUAGCUGCCUCUGCUGCUGUUCAGGCACAAUAUUAGCUGCUUGAGAACAUACUAUAUGCUGUAUGGAUGUGCGCACGCACAGAGAGCUUUGUCAGAAAAUUGAUUGGCUCUGAAAAUUGGAAUUUUGACCUCCUGGCUAAGCUGCCAAGAGUCUAUGUUUGAUAGCAAUACAGCCUUAAAUCCAACAGCAUGGCCCUCAGGAGUGCUUCUAGAGAAAACCGAGCAAGUCCAAUAGCUUUCUGUGUGGCAAAGAGUCACAGAGAGCGUGACACAGAGCUAUGGUUACAGAAAAUAAUCUAGUUUUAGUACUUUUUUGGUCAGUGACCUUUAUCACAGACCUAUGCUUUCAUUGGAGAAUAUAUCUAACUUUGUUAAUGUUCAUAGAUACAUAUUUUGUAUUAUGUGAAUUAUAGUUUUAAUAACAUCACAAACAUUCUUGGGUUUCUUUUUUUUAGAAUGCAAAUGACAGAUAAUUAACAUACCAGUAAAACCUGUCUUAAAUUGAAGGCUGACAUGUGCCGAAGAGGAUCAAAGAGAUAACACAAGGUGUGGUAUGAAAGACUAUGACGUUGCUCACUCUGUACUUGGUACUAUUGGUACUAUGAGCUAUUAUGACUUCUAAGCAAUUUGAAAUCCUGGUUAAGUGGUCACAUAAUGUUCCCUGCAAAACUAUGCAUGCCUCUUUGAUUUACAUUUUGUCACUUUGCAAGUAAAUACAUUUUGGAAUUUUGUUGUAAAACAAUGCAAACAAUACUUUUAGAAUAUGAAAAUUUUUUCUAAAUAUAAAAGUAUAAAGUCUAAAAAGUUUGGUUUGCUUUUUUUCUCAUACUUUUUCACUCUCAUAUUCUGGAGUAAAAUCCCGUUCAAACAACUGGUUUCUGACAUCUUCUGAUAUAUAAAGUAUAAUUAAUAAAAAGGGUAAUCGUUGUGUAAUUAGUUUUUUGGUAAACAAUUCUCCUCCAUGAAGAUUUCAGAGCUUUGUUGAAGAACAUUAGUGAACAUACAGCAUCUUUAAGACCAAUGAACACAGAACAUAUGUUGGGGAUAGCUAAAAUUUAAUGUAGGAUCAAUCCAAGGGUUGAACUUCUUACAGAGGACAUUUAAAUCUACUUUUCUGUUAAACUUGUUUGGUUGUUAUAGAUAAACUGUGAACCAUCUGAUCUUUAUCUUUUUAUUUAACUGCUGCCGUGACACUGCCAAUAACAACAUUCUGUAUGCUGUUUUAAAUUGUGUCACAGAGCAGAAACCUCAUUCUUUUUAUUUCAUUUCUUCUACAGACUCACGUGACUGUCAUUUAAAAUAAAUUUAUUCUUAGCUUAGCUUUUAACAGUCCAGUUAUACUUAAGCACAUGUCCAGAAAAGAGCUACUAUGAAGUACAAUUCAGUUCAAUUAAAAAACAUAAUUAAUUCCCAAAGGGAAAUUAAAAUUUGUAAUAAGUCAUGAUUUUUCAUCUUGUUUUAGGAUAUUCUAUAGCUGUUUCUCUUGUAGCAGAUCAAUAGAAGCCUUUGAUUGAUCACACUAUGUUGUUGUUUAGCACUCAUCUGAAAAUUAUGUGAACGGUUGUCAUGUUCUUCAUUUUAUGAUUAAUUCUUGUUUGUCAAAAAUCUCUCUAGUGGAGUUACUACAACCUUCAUUAUUAUGCUGAGCUUAUUUAAGUAAUUUACUCUAAAGCUGUACCCAGCAUAUGGUGGAUAUAAGUUAUACAGCAUCUUGCUGCAAAUACUGAGGAACUAAAGCUUCCUUUAAAAAUACAGUCUGCUCUAUCCUUUCUUGUAGACCAAUGUUUCCCAACCUUGUUUAAACUGUGUACCCCUUUAGGCAUUGUUUCUUUCCAUGAGUACCCCGCCCUCUCAGUCAAAAUUAUUUAUGAUUGUGCAAAAGUUGAAAGUACAAUAACUGAUAAAAUUUUUUAAAUUAAGAAUUCAGUUACUGGACCUACUAUUCUUUCCAUCUCAAA